AUGCGUUUCUUCCUUGCUAUCUCGACUCUUCUGGCUGUUGCCACUGCAGCCCCUGCCUCGACUGCACAGAACCUUCAGGACGUUCACAAUAACGCCGCUGCUUUCACCGAGGCAAAGAAGGCCGCCGGAUGUGACUGGCUCGCCUGUGUUUCCUCUCUUGCUGGGGAGAGCGCUGCAUGUGCAGCCGCCGCCGCCGAGCUCGGUGCUAACCCCAUUGCCGAUGCCGCUUGUAUCGCGUCUGUCGGUACCUCUACUGCUUCCUGCAAGAAGUGUGGCUAA